AUCACGUGGGACGAGCGGAUGCCCACUCGGCUCGGAGCACUCAGCCACUUACACCGACACUAACUUCUCCUACGCAGGUGCGAAGCCAGGCAAACGAGACAGUAAGCCCAAGUCAAAUCGCUGGUCAUGAAGGUCGCCAUCGAAGGUUGCUGCCAUGGCGAGCUUGACGCCAUAUACUCUGAGAUACAAAGCCUCGAACAACGCAAUGGAUACAAAGUAGACGUGCUUCUCAUCUGUGGCGAUUUCCAGGCUAUCCGCAACUACCGUGAUCUCCAAUGCAUGGCCGUCCCGGACAAGUACCGCCAGCUAGGCGAGUUCUGGAAGUACUAUACGGGAGAGAAGGUGGCUCCCGUGCUGACGCUCGUCAUCGGCGGAAAUCAUGAGGCGUCCAGUUAUUUCUGGGAGCUAUACCAUGGUGGCUGGAUUGCACCCAAGAUCUACUUCCUCGGCCAUGCAGGAUGUGUUCAGGUGAACGGCAUUCGCAUAGCAGGCGCUUCAGGUAUCUUCAAGCCGCAAGACUUCCGACGUGGCCAUUACGAGAGGGUACCAUACAACCAUGGUACUAUGCGUAGCAUCUACCACAUACGCGAAUAUAACGUCCGAAGGCUAUCAUUACUCUCAUCACCGACAGUCUUCCUGUCCCACGACUGGCCCCAAGGCAUCGAGCACCAUGGCGAUCUGCGCUACCUCCUCCGGCGUAAGCCCCACUUCCGCGACGACGUGAAGAAAGGCAUCCUCGGCUCGCCGCCGCUCAUGGACCUCCUCCACACCCUCAAGCCAGACUGGUGGUUCGCCGCACACCUGCACUGUCGCUUCGAGGCGCGCGUCAUGCACGGUCCACCGGCACAGGCGGAGAGUAUCGGGCAGAGCGGGAGUAGUGUUACCGCAGCUGGGGAGAAUCCUGACGAAAUCGCGAUCGAGGACGGUGGUGGCGAGGGUGCAGGAGAAGCAGCAGGAUCUGAGCGGCCCAGGUCAACCCCCGCGCCGGAGGUUGCGAACGCGGCCGACCAGACGCAGCCAGCCGCCCCCGUGAAUCCGGACGAGAUCAUGCUAGAUGACGAGGUCGAGCAGGUCGCGAGCCCUCCACCACCUCCACCUCCGCAGCGAGCGACGCGCUUCGUUGCGCUCGACAAAUGUCUGCCGAGACGACAAUUUUUGGAGAUCGUCGACAUCCCAGAGCCAGCAGAACACCAAAGUAGCGUUGCAGGCGAGCAGACUGCACCAGUACUGUCGUUUGAUCCAGAGUGGCUUGCCGUCACGCGCGCCUUCCAUUCGUACAUGCCCACAGGCCCGAGCCAAAUGAUGUAUCCUGAAGAGAGUGCCGCGCGGGAGGCUGUUGAGAAAGAGCUUGCAUGGGUGAAGGAGCACGUCAAGACGACGAAGGUGGAGGAGUGCCAGGCCUUCGUGGUAACGGCGCCGCCGCCAAACCCGGCGACCGACUCUGGCAAUCCCGAACAAGGACAGCAACCUCCACAUCAUCCGAAUCCUCAAACGCAAGCAUUUUGCUCGAUGCUCGAGAUUGAAAACAAGAUCGACCCACGAUAGCGUGGAGGCCCCAUAACCUUGGCUGCCUUAUACAAAUUUACAUGCUCC